AUGUUUGGUAGUGGUAUAUUACAACACCCUGAAUACGCUGAGGGGCAGCUUGUCACAGUGCUUCUGGAAACCCAAGAGGCGAUGACGGUCGUAUCCAAGAUGACCAAAGAGACUUUGGAGGAAAUAGACAGAAUUGCCGCUGAGGCCGUACCUGUGAUAGAGAAGGAACUAGGAGACGUCAAAUUCCUUUACGUCGACCCGUCCACAUUUCGGUUGUGA